CAGGCAUUGUAUUGUUGUUCGGGGUAUAUUUGUAUCAUAAUCGCAAUCAUUUUGCUCGCCCAUCCAGCUUUGGGGCAAACUUCGUUUAAGUAUUUGAAGCAUCCCAUGAUAUUAGUAUCGUACUAUUCAAUAGAUCCUCUGUCCUCAUCGAUUGCGAAGAAAGUAAAGGAGAGAUUGUCACUGGAGCAGCCUAUUUUGUUGGGCCAAUCAGGCUUCUCCUCCUCCACCUCCUCCUCCUCCUCCUUCUUCUCAUCCCCG